AAGAAAGCCAAGAAGAGACCAGAGGGUGCCAAUUCCAACGUGUUCUCCAUGUUUGAACAGAGCCAGAUCCAGGAAUUUAAGGAGGCCUUCACCAUCAUGGACCAGAACAGGGAUGGCUUCAUAGACAAGAACGAUCUGAGGGACACCUUUGCUGCUCUUGGGCGUGUGAAUGUGAAAAAUGAGGAAAUUGAUGAAAUGCUCAAGGAGGCUCCAGGUCCAAUUAACUUUACUGUGUUCCUACAGAUGUUUGGGGAGAAACUUAAGGGGGCAGACCCCGAGGAGACCAUUCUCAACGCGUUCAAAGUGUUUGACCCUGAAGGCAAAGGGGUGCUCAGGGCUGAUUACAUACAGGAGAUGCUGACCACGCAGGCGGAGAGGUUUUCCAAGGAGGAGAUCGACCAGAUGUUUGCCGCCUUCCCCCCUGAUGUGACUGGCAACUUGGACUAUAAGAACCUGGUGCACAUCAUCACCCAUGGAGAAGAGAAGGACUAA